UUUUGUUCGGAUUACAGACCUCUAGGGGCGCCAGGCCUACUUACCUAUUGAAAUCUAAUUCAAUCUCACCAUUGUUCGCUGCUAAUACUUUUCAAUAAGGUAUUUUUAGCGUGUUUUGAAGCCAUUCAAGUGGAAUAAGCAUUUGUGUUAUGUUAAAGAUCUUGCGAUUUACAAUAUAAAGAGUCGUUUUAGAAAAAGCAACAUUAUUGCGAGCCACAGUGCGAAAAGUUGCGACAUUCAACUUGGACGAAUGUGAACGUGGAGAAACCAUCCACCGACAUUGAAGUGAAAAUCGAGCCGUGAACUAACACAACAAAAACCGCGCCGUCUCUUCUCAGGAAAAUGGGCCAACAACGUUCCAGGCCGCUCUACGAUAGUGUCAUCCCGGAUGAACAGUCGCCAAAUACGAUCGUCAACGGCAACUCUAUCGAGGCCUAUACAUUUGAGUCAGAGAAACGUGAUAAAAAGGAGAAAAGUUCCGCCCGGGGUAAAGAGCACGUUCCGUUAUUGGACUUGAACUUCUCGUCGAAACGAAGUUCGGAGAGUUCCGCGAGCUCGAUAAUGUCCGACGACAGUUUACGCGACGACACUUUUAGACAUAUGCUAGAACCGCUGUACGAAAAGGCCGUGGGCUACUACCGCGAAAAAGCCGAACAGAAGGAUCCGUUCGGAGCUUAUUAUAUUGGCCUGGCCUUCGAAAAUGGUUUCGGGUCGUAUGCAAAAAAUCUCAAGGAAGCCAUUCGAUGGUAUCAAAAGUCGUCCGACAGCGGUUUUGUGCUCGCCGAACAUGCUGUUCAGCGGUUGUCUCCCGGAGGUAGCGACGACGAGACGAAAACCGUAGGGGUCGAAUCCCGGACCAGUCUUUUACUCCGAGCGGCAUUACAAGGUCACAAGCAAGGCGUGGUUCGGUUGAGAUUGUUGUGUAACCAGGAAGAUGCCGCGUUGGGAUUUUUGAAGACAAAACGAACUCAGAUUGAGCGCAAACUGGCUACGGAAACUGAGGAGAGCGCUAUCGCUGAGUUGCUAAGCAACCUCGCGUUCUUGACAUUGUUUCUAGAACCGAGCAGGGAAAAUUAUGAUGACGUCAUUGAAUUAUUCACACGUGCCGCUGACCUCGGUAGCUACGACGCGUCGUAUUCGGUUGGAAAGUUGUACUUGAACGGAGUGGGAAAGAUGUUAGUGCCAAAUGAACAGCUUGCCGUCAAGUAUCUUACCAUCGGUGCUGACCACGGUCACCUGAUGGCUCAAAUUGAGUUGGCAAAGCGCUUUCUUACGAAAUCUUCCGGUCUCGUCGGAAAUGAGAAAUUUGAAGCGAAAGCUUAUCGUUACUUUAAAGAAGCCGCUGACCAAGGCAGUGCCGAAGGCUGGCUCAACAUUGCUCACCAGUACUUAUAUGGAGAAGUUAUAGAAACUGACCUCAACAAGGCAAUGGAAUGUCUGGAGCGAGCUGCUGUCACAGUGGAUUACACUGACAACGGGCGCAGCAACAGCCGAGCGUUGUGUAUCUUGGGUAGGAUCUAUCGCUACGGUAUGGGCGAGGUGUCUACGGAUUUGGGCAAAGCAAUUGGUUAUUUUACCGAAUCGGCCAAUCGGAAGUUCCCCAAUGCUUGUUUAGAACUUGGCAAGCUUUAUGCACGUGGCAAGGGCGUGGCCAAAGAUUUGGCACGUGCGAGAGCCUUGCUUGAAAGUGUACACGCCUUCUCAGAAAGUCAGUACCAGUUGGGAAAGUUACACGAAGCAAUGGACGAUCCCAACACUGCUGAUCAGUAUUACAGGCAGGCGAUGAAAGGGUACUCACGUGAUGUGGCGAAACAUCACGAUUACACGAUCGGAUUGUAUCGUAUCGCGAAGAUGCACGAAAGUGGCCGAGGCACGUCGAAGGAUUUGUCCAAAGCGAAAGCGUUCUAUUAUCGUGCUGCGACUUCGGCCGAGAAGACUUAUAUUUUAUGGUGGAAGAGCUACGGGGAAAAGGCAAUGAAAAGGCUGCCUAAUCUCCCGCAGGCGAAUAUAAAGGGCAAUAACGUGCCCGCAAGUGCCUGAGCAGGAAUAUAGUUCGGAUAAAAGCUGAAAAUGUUUUGGUCAAAAACAUUGUUUCCCAAUGUUUUAAAGAUGCAUGGCAGAGAUAUUUGUAAUUAUAUUGAAAUUUCGAUUCCUCCCCAAGUGUAACCAUGAUGUCAAAGGACAAUAACGUAGUUUUAUAACGAGUUUUAUAAAGUUUCAUAUGCUCUCAUUAAACGAUGACAAUCACAGACUAACGCAGGGAAUAACUACGGAUGACUAUAGUUUAUCAACCUUAGUAUAGUUCCAUUUGAUGAGAGCUUUCGUUAGGAUUGAAAAUAUGAUCCAUACUAUUCAACAAAUAAAGCUAACACAUUGA